UUCUGGCUCCAGCUGUCCGGUUGCCGAGCGUGCCGCUGCCUAAAAGGAAGCCUGAACCUUGAGCGCACGCGAGCCAUGAGCGACGACGAGCCCACGUUCGAGACCACCGAGUCGGGAUCCUCGCACACAUACCCGCAGCAGUGUGGAGAGCUUCGCAAGGGCUCGAUGGUGAUGAUCAAGGGGAAAGCCUGCAAGGUGGCCGAGAUCUCCACGUCGAAGACGGGCAAGCACGGGCACGCGAAGGCCCACAUCGUGGCGCUGGACAUCUUCACGGGAAAGAAGUAUGAGGACUUGUGCCCCACGUCGCACAACAUGGAGAUCCCUUUCACGAAGCGUACGGAGUACCAGCUUCUUUCUGCUGACGAGUCUACUGGCGAAGUCAGCCUGCUCCUGGAGUCUGGCGAGACGAAGGACGACCUGAAUCUGCCCACGUUCGUGACGACGGGUGAGCCAACCGAUGAAGACAAGAAGGUCCACGAAGGACGACCUGAACCUGCCCACGUUCGUGACGACGGGUGAGCCAACCGAUGAAGACAAGAAGGUGGUCGAAGACAUCCUGAAGAUGCAGGAGGACGGCGAUUCCAUCGUCGUCGCCGUGCUCUCGGCCAUUGGCCAGGAAAAGAUCGUUGGCGCGAAGAAGAUGCAGUGAGGGCGGUCGCGCUCGCGUUGCAGGGAAAGGACGUGGGGCAGGCUACGGAGUCCGUGUUUCUGGAGAAGGGAGGGGUAAGGACCACUGCUGCCACGACCACCUGCAUAGUUUCCACCGUAAAGCCGCCGCCACUACGACAAAGUGUCGCCGCUACUUCUGCGCCAGUUGGCUAGCCGCAUCCGGUUGCCGCCCCAACCGCGUGGCCCUCCAAUCAUUUCGCGCGCCUAGGACGUGCUCUGGGGAUCCCCCGUGUGCGCUGCGCAAGCCCUCAGCGAUCUGGUUUUGUGAAACUGGGGGCG